AUGCAUUAUUUCAAGACCCACGUGGAAGGGCCUUUGAUUGUUUUACUCCAACUCUGUCGAGCAAAGAAAGUGGAUAAUGAAUUCAGAAUUUCAUCCUCCUACAGUGCAACCCAGUUAUGGUUUAAUCACCCUUGCAGUGAAUUCCAGGAAUUUAAAGACAGUUUGAAAGUUGAUACCAGGCCACCUCUAAGUGUGCAAACUGUGUCUCACAUUUCCUAUGGAAAUGCUGCAGAAAGUUCCAAAUCUCCUCUGACAGUAACUACUAUCAAAGAUCUGUAUGAAAGAGCCGAGGAAGGCUACUACUGGGUUCCUGGGAGGAUUGUUGCUGUGGAGGGUACUACAAAUUGGUAUUACCAUUCAUGCAGGAGUGAGGGAUGCUUUAGAAAAUUGCACUUGAAGAAUGGGGCUCUACAAUGUCUAUCAUGUGGCACAACAUGGCAGGAGGGAAACCUAAGGUACAGGCUGAUUGUGAGGGUAGGAGAUAAGACCGCUGAUGCUCCUUUUCUGUUGUGGGACAAGGAGUGUUGCGAAAUUGUUGGAAAGACUGCAUUUGAUCUAAGGAACAAAUACUCGAAGGAUGGGUCUCCUCUCCCAACUGGUAUGGAAGAGGUCCGUAAUAAGGCUAUGGUCUUCAAGAUUUCUGCUAAGAAUGAUCACUUCAAGAAUAAAGCAAUAGCUAUACCUGUGGUUGCAAUAGCACAUGAUUCAGACUUAAUUGAUCAUUACUGCCCCUGUUUAAGUGAUGAUCAAGAUCAGCUAUCAAGGAUGCUAAAUGAAGAUGAUCAAGAUGCAGAGUCUGAUGAAUCUGAAUCGGGUGAUGAGGCAAGCAGUCCCAAUCCUACUCAGGCUAAGAAGCAAAACAUGGAUGAACAAGAAGAGCCAAUGGAGCCAGUGUCAUCAAAGAGGAAUUUACUGGAUCAAUUUUCAUCCAGUAGAGAUGCAAAGAAAACAAAGACUGUUUUGGUUAAACAGGAGAAAAGUUAUUCUGUUCUGUAUGAACAGGCAGAGAUCAGAUAUUCACAUUUAAAUGCACAGUACACCAUUCAUUUUAAACUAAACUCACUACUGUCAGAAAAACACUUACCAAACAUUAAGCAGUUCAAAUCCACGAGGAAGCUAACUAAAUCAACUGUCAUCGACUCCAAAAGGAAGGAUACAAUUUCAAAUAAAGAAAAUGAUGGUACGGAAAUUGGAACAUUCAACACGCCGAAACGAAUUGCGAUUGGUGAGUGUUCAAUUGCAGUAGAAUUGUCAAGUGGUAGAUCUCAGCUUACAUGUGUCAAUGCAACACCUCAAAAUAAGAGCCGUCUUACUGGGACACAGUGUGAAGGUCUUUCAAGACAAUCUUUCAACGUAUACAAUGAAAAUGCAACAUUCAACACACCGAAUGUAACUUUUAUUGAUGUUCAAACAACAAGAUCGUGCGUUGUUGAUUACAAUACCUCAUCACCAAAGGUUUCAAUGCAACGUGGUUUGAUGUCAGCAUUUAAUAGUGUUGUCCAUGAUACACCAUCAAACUCUACAAAUGGAGAUGAUUAUUACAGUGAUCUUGGUGAUCAAACGUACUCGUGCGAUCACUGUGGAGCUAUGUUUUGGUUAGAGGAUCGAGUUAAUAAAUCUAGCGGUGUUCGAAAUCCGAAAUAUUCUCUAUGCUGCAGUCAUGUCAAGAUAAAGUUGUCGCAUCCGAAUAUUCCACCUAUGGCAAUCAGGCAGUUGUUCUUUAACCAGGAUCAAAAGAGUACCUAUUUCUUGAAGAACAUUCGGUCCUUCAAUAAUAUGUUUUGCUUUACUUCCAUGGGUGGAAAAAUUGACAGGACUGUCAACAAUGGUAGUGCACCCCCGACUUUCAGGUUACAUGGUCAAAACUUCCACUUAAUGGGUAGUUUACUACCACAAUCUAGUGAAAGACCAAAGUUUGCUCAAUUAUAUAUUUAUGAUACUCAAAAUGAGAUACAAAAUCGUCUAACUGUACUUGGGGCAGAUGAGUCAACAAAUACAAUGCAUCGUGAAAUUGUGAAAGACAUCAAGGAUGCACUGGAUGAAAAUAAUGUUUUGGUCAAGAGUUUUAGGAUGGCCAAAACAGAGAUGGAAAGUAAUCAUAGAGCUGAUAUUAAAAUCAAACUCAUUGGUAAAAGGAGCAAGGAUGCAAGGACAUAUAACUUGCCACAGGUUGGGGAGGUGGUGACAUUGAUUGUUGGUGAUUUAGAUCCAAACAUGGGAGAAAGAGAUAUAUUGGUGGAGUCUAAAGCUGGUCAUUUUCAAAGAAUAACUGAAUUCAAUCCAGCAUAUCUCCCACUGCAGUACCCACUACUAUUUCCUUAUGGUGAAGACGGAUACAGAGACGAUAUACAGUUUAAUAAUGUUGAAGGCCGGAGUUCAAAUGCACGGAGUAAACUUAGCCCAAGAGAGUCUCAUCAAAAGUCACUUCGGUGUGAAUCAUACAAAUGUUUGACAGAUGCGUUAACACGUGGUGAGGUAGAUCCUACUUCCCAAGGAAAGCGCAUUAUUUUGCCAUCGAGUUUUACAGGAAGUGCAAGAUAUAUGGUGCAAAAUUACCAAGAUGCAAUGGCGAUUUGUAGAUGGAUCGGGUAUCCAAGUCUAUUUAUUACAUUCACGUGUAAUCCUAAGUGGCCUGAGAUUGAAAGAUUUUUACAACCAAGGAAACUCAAAGCUGAAGAUAGGCCAGAUAUAGUAUGCCGUGUGUUUAAAAUGAAAUUAAAUGCACUCAUAAAAGACAUUAAGAAGGAGAAGAUUUUUGGACUUGCGGAUGCAGUAAUUUACACCAUUGAAUUUCAGAAAAGGGGAUUGCCACAUGCUCACAUUUUGAUAUUCUUGAGCAAGAGUAACUCUUACCCUAAUCCUAAAGAUAUUGACAUGAUCAUAUCUGCUGAAAUUUCAAGUCAAUUGUGCGACCCUGAGUAUUAUAAAGCUGUAGAAGAAUUUAUGAUUCACGGUCCAUGUGGUGCAGCGAGGAAGAACUCACCUUGCAUGAUAAAUGGUAUUUGCUCUAAAUUCUUCCCCAAAAAAUUUGUUGAAAACUCAACAGUGGAUUUCGAUGGAUAUCCAAUCUAUCGGCGUCGAGAUAAUGGUCGUAUAAUACGGAAGAAUGGGAUUGACCUUGAUAGUAGAUAUGUUGUGCCACACAAUAGACAUUUGCUUAUGAAGUACAAGGCUCAUAUUAAUGUGGAGUGGUGCAACCAAUCUAGAUCAAUAAAGUACUUAUUCAAGUAUGUCAACAAAGGGAAUGAUAGGGUCACAGCUGAAUUCUACAACAGUGGGGUGGAAGAAUCUACUGGGAAAAUUGUAGAUGAAAUCAAGAUGUACUAUGACUGUAGAUAUAUUUCACCCCCGGAGGCUACGUGGCGGAUUUUUGGGUUUGACAUACAAUUUAGGAACCCAUCUGUUGAGCGAUUGAGUUUCCAUCUUCCCAAUGAGCAAUCAAUAAUAUUUCAUGACGACGAUUUGGUCGAUGAUGUGGGAGUUCGUGGACCGACUUCAUUUGAUGAGAUUAAAAAGGUCGAUGGUGUUCAAUACAAUUCAUUUAGAGAUGCGUGUUAUGCCCGCGGAUUAAUCGAAGAUGAUAAAGAGUAUAUUGAUGCAAUCACUGAGGCAGCAACGUGGUCUUUAGCAAGUUCACUACGAAAGUUGUUUGUUACCCUUUUAACAUCCAGUUCGAUGUCCAAACCAGAAAAUGUUUGGGAGAUGGUUUGGCAAUACUUAUCAGAUGAUGCUGAAUAUGUUUAUAGAAGGAACCUCUCAGUCUCAGAUUACCCACCUAUGCCAAUGCCAGAUGGAAACAAUGAUUGGUUUUGUGGUAACAGGUUGUUGUUAGAGGAAAUGUCAUAUGAUAGGGAAGCUCUAAUGCAUCAACAUAAUUCGUUGCAUCCGAAACUAACUGAUGAACAGCUACUCAUAUACAAUAAGGUGAUGGGAGAUGUUGAAACUGAGAAAGGUGGAAUGUAUUUCGUAUAUGGUUACGGUGGAACAGGAAAAACAUUUUUGUGGAAGACAAUUUCAGCAGCUUUACGAUCCAAAGGCGAGGUCGUUCUAAACGUAGCAUCAAGCGGUAUAGCUUCGUUGCUGCUACCUGGAGGUAGGACUGCACAAUCCAGAUUUGCUAUACCGCUUGGUGUUAAUGAAGAUUCCACUUGCAACAUCAAGCAAGACAGUCCACUGGCUGAAUUGAUAAUCAAAUCCAAAUUAAUAAUUUGGGAUGAAGCUCCGAUGAUGCACAAACAUUGCUUUGAAGCAUUGGAUCGCACAAUGAGAGAUUUAAUGCGUUUCAAGAAUUCAAGGAGCUCAACAAUGACAUUUGGAGGGAAAACAGUGGUGUUGGGUGGAGACUUUAGACAAAUUCUACCCGUUAUUCCGAAAGGUACUAGACAAGAUAUAAUACAAGCCAGCAUUAAUUCAUCUUACUUGUGGAAUAAUUGUGAAGUUCUUCGUCUAACGAAGAAUUUAAGAUUGCGAGGUGUUACUAAUGAAGACGAUGUUGAGAAGUUAGAUAGUUUUGCCAAGUGGAUUGCGGAUUUAGGUGAUGGUAAUCUUGGUGAAGACAACGAUGUUGAUUGCAAUAUAAUAAUGCUGUCUUCCAUUGUAUUAGAAAAUGAGGUUGAUCCUAUCAAACAAAUUGUUGAAAGCACAUUCCCUGAAUACCGUUCUGGCAACAUGGAUGAAAGACAAUUAGAGAAUAGAGCUAUAUUAGCUCCAACAUUAGAUGUUGUUGACGAGGUCAAUGAAUACAUGAAUGGUAUUAAUCAAGCUGCAUCAAGGACAUAUUUGAGUUGUGAUUCUGUUUGCAAGGCUGAGGCAAACUUUGAUAUGCAAUCUCAGUCUCUCGGGUCAGUAAUCCGGAUGGUCUUAAGGUCUUAA